CAUGGCGCCCCAGUCAGACCUCACUAGUUGCUAUUCGAUUGGCUUAAUUUGAUCAUUAUUAUUGAAGAAAUUUAGCUGCAAAUUACAUUCAUAUAGAUUUCUUUGCUUUACUCAUCAUGGCUCUAGUUAGUAGCUUCAUGCCAAAGACGACCAUGGUCCAGCUGUUUCCCACUAAUUCCAAGCCUUGCAUCCUGCAGAAUAAGAACGUUGCAAUUAUAAGAUGUGCUGUCAAAAGGCCAGGAAUUAAUACAGGGGGCCCUCCUCAAAUCAACCAGGUACUUAGAGUCGCUGACCGGAGUUUGAGAACAGAUCAGGUGGUUGGUCUCAGAAGAUUGAAUAAUGGAGAAGAUGGAAAAGCAAAUGCAGGAAAUACUGUUGUCGAUGAUGUUAGUAAUACAACCAAGACUGCUGAUGGUACUGAUUAAUUAGUUAAUAAUCAAUGAGUAGCAUGCAUGGUUCUUAAUUAUUUAACUGAUCGAUCUGGAGGAAAAUGGAGUGGUUUUAGCUGCAAUAUAUAAUGCGGUGCAAGGUCUGCAGUCUGGCAAAGAAUGCCUUCAUGUAGAGCUGAAUGACUUUGUUAGCACAUUAUGUGCAUGUAAGCAU